AUGAGUAACAUUCAGGACAUUACAUCUUUAUCAGACAUAUUAAAUACGUCUCCAAGAGAACCGAAGGAUGAGAUAAACGUACCCAAUAGGUCUACUAGUCCAGGUGCAGGUCCACUUGAACUGAAUAGAGAUGCUGCAUUGAACGCCCACACCCAAGUUGAAGAACUAAUUGCAUUACAGGAGGAAAAAUCUGCGCUUACAGUGAAUAAAGACGAUUUGAUAAAGAAGAGAGAAAGCAUUAAAGACGAAAUUGAGCAAUUGAGGUUGAAAACAAAGACAUUGUUGGACCAGAGGAAGCACAGACAAGCACAGCGAAAGUUAGAUAUGCUAGAGGAAGACAAGCUGACAGGAAAAGGCAAUGAAAAAGCGCUCCCCACACCAGUUGUUGAAGUAUCCUCGGAGGAUAGUGAUGACAAGGAUAUAUUUCGAAGGUUAAACGUUUUGCCAUCAGACAAUUGGGAUGAUAGGUUGAAAUUCUCAAAAAUGUUUUACGAGCAUAUAUCUUUGACAAAUGCAACCGUUCAAGAAGGCGAUGAGGGUACCCGAGAGAUAAGUUUUACAGUUAGAUCUGAGAAUUUUUCUGUUUUCAUCCGAAUCAUCAUUCAGAAGCUUGACAAUUCUCUAGUAUCUAUCUCUUUGCCGAAUAGCAAUGAGUUGACUACGAUAUCACUCCUAUCUCUCUCAUUCUACAGUGUUCUUGUAAAGAAUUAUAUACCGCAAAGGAAGAUAAACUUAUUAAUAUAUAGCUUGAAUUCUUUGGCAGAAUUAGUUUCCAAAAGACUACAGACUAUGACAGAGUUGGUGAGACUAUACCCACUGAUUGUUGAUACCCCAUCUCCUCAAAGAGGUACAAACUCCCUCACAUUCAAAGUGAAUGAUGUGAGUAGCAUGGUAUUUGUAUGGAAUAUCUUGUUGGAAGAUUCGAUUACAGGUGAGGUUGAAACGGAACUCAAAUUGCUUACAAUUAAGCAUGAUCCUAUUCAAAGCACUACUUCUGAAGUAGGUUCGGAUGUUAUAGUGCAUUUGUCAAAUGAAACAGACGUCCUUACGGCAAUAUGUGUAUAUUUAAAAAAUACCUACCAGAUAGGAAUGGAAGAAGUCAGUAUAGGUUUAGCUAAAUAA